UGUUGGUAACCUUUGCUGUCUUUACAUUUAACCUAAAUUCGAAAAUUAAAUAAAUAUGUUUUCUUCUAAAGCAAUUUUUAAAAUUCUCCGGAUCUCUGCUAUGCCUAAAAACUAUUCAAAUAUCACCAAUAAAGUUAUUAAACCACUUGAAAAUAUCGAAGCAGAUCUAAAAAUUACAGAUACGUGUGUUAAUCGUCUGAGAAAUAUUACAAAAGAUUCUACCGAAUUUUUGAGAAUAUCAGUCGAAGGUGGUGGAUGUUCAGGAUUUCAAUAUAAAUUUGACUUAGAUAAAAAUUUAUCUGAAAAUGAUAAAGUAUUCCAGAAAGACGGAGUGAAAAUUGUGAUCGAUGAAGUGUCUUUGGGGUUUGUGAAAGGAGCCACUGUUGAUUACAAAGAGGAACUGAUUAGAGCAUCUUUUAAGAUAACUAAUAAUCCUCUUGCAGAGCAGGGUUGUUCUUGUGGAUCAUCAUUUGCUGUGAGACUUGAUUGAUUGAUAACUGUUCAAAGAGCACUUCUAAACUGAUCAGAGUAUAUUAAUAUUUGAGUCAUCUAUAGUAGCGUUCUUUCAAACUAAUCUGAGAUUACUUCAACACAUCUGAUCCAAACUAAUCUAAGUCAACUACCUUGCGAGCUAAGUUAGUUUGUAUAAGAAAGAUGAGGUGUUGUAAUGGAAGUGGGGGAACUACUCUCAACUAUAAAAAAUGAAAGAAAGUCGACAUAUAAGUUUAACUUGGUCCGGAAGAACACUACUUAUGUUUGUUACAUCUUAUUUAAAAUUGUAAUGGCUCUUGAAACAGAUGAAUUAUUGUGUAGAUAUUUUUGUAAAUAAAUUUUGUUAGACUGUU